AAAUCCAGAAAUUGAAAGAAUUAAUAAAACGAAAGCUGCAAUUUGCAUAUCCUUCGUGCACUAUAAAUCUUAAAACCGCACACACUUUAACUGAAUGUAAUUUAAACAGUAACAACUGAUGCUUACUACGUUGUUGUCACAAGUUUAUGAAACUGUUUUUAUCAAUGAAUUUGAAUCGAAAUCUAACAAGCAUCAAGAUAAACUGUUUGAUGGUUUAUUGUAGGUGCGAUACGAGAUGCAAAUAAAAUAAAUAUCGAGGCGUGUCACAUUGAAUUCAAGUCGAAAUUGUUGAAAUUCUAAUCUUAAAAACAGAGGGUUAUGUUGAUGAAUGAACGUCUCGACAACAUUUUAUAACUGAUAAGAAUGUUCAGUGUUAUUAUUAAAUAGAACAAGAUAUGACCAAGGUGUCCUGACGCACGGAACGUAUUUUAAUUGUUACAAAGUGAAUUUUACUGAUAUGAUAAUUAACACAUGAUAAAAUAAAAAGGGGCUGUUACUGAGCAAGUUUCCAUAAAUGACUUGAAUUGUUCUAUGUUGCGUGAGCUUGGGCAGUGUACAUGAUGGAUAAAGUACCGAAGUAUUAUUGUAAUAUAUGCGUAAGAGAUUUUCAAGAUGAAUAUGCCCUUCAGGGUCACCUAACAGGCAAGAAACACCAGCUGGCAGUAAAAUGUCAAACGAACGAUGGCUACAUUGCAAUUUCACCGCUACCAGAAUUCAUACCCCCUCGAAAGUUGAUAGAGUUCCUUUCUCACAAAUAUGGCUCGAUAAAAACACAUAAAAUUGGACCCAAUUACGUUCUAAUCCAAUUCACGAAUAGGCACGUUGUAGCACAACUGCUGAACAAGCCAGUUUUGAUAGGCGAUGUAAAGUUAAAUAUAACGAAACGUUUGGGCAAACUAAAAGUAAGUAAAUCAAGCAAUCCUACAGAGGACAAAGGUAUAAUAUGUUACAACAAUAUAAAACAAAUAUUCGAGGAUGAGACCACGUUCGAUGUACAAUUGCUCCAGUUUUUGAACAUGAUACGACUGACUGACAUGGAAAUGGAAAUAAGAUACGGGCCCAUUUGCUCUCAUCUCGAUAAAAUAUUCAGAACAAAAUACCCGAAGUGCAAGACUUAUCCGUUCGGUUCGAUCGUGACGGAGCUGGCUUUUAAGCAAUGCGAUUUGGAUAUGUACAUGUACAUAGGUCAACCAAUAAAUGAUGUGAAGGUCCAGGGAAGCGGGGAGUAUACGAUUACGACGGUACUGAAGGAUGUAAAAAAAAUAAUGUACCGAACAGGGACGAUAUUUUCCAACAUCAUAUCGCUACCGAAAGCGAAAAUACCUAUUAUAAAGUUUUGUUAUCUACCUACGAACGUGCUUUGCGAUCUAUCAUUCAAGAACAGUCUGGGCAUAUAUAAAAGCUACUUGGUCAGGUAUUUGAUCUCUCUGGACAAUAGACUGAAACCUUUGAUGAUGUUGAUCAAGUACUGGGCUCGCCAUUUCAAGUUGGCAUCCGGUUCAUCGAAGAUAUCUAAUUAUGGUUUGGUCUUAUUGAUAAUCUUCUACCUUCAACAACCGCACGUUGGCAUCAUUCCGCCGUUGAACAUCCUCCAGCCAAAUACAUGGCAGCCGUCAAUAAUAGACGGUUGGCAAGUAAACUUCAACACGAACGUAGCUUUACCGCCGAUAACAAAUACGAGUACGGUCCCGGAACUCCUCCAUGGUUUCUUCUCGUUCUAUGCUAAAUUUUGGUUCAGAUCGCGGGUGAUCUGUCCGAUCGACGGAAAGAUCUACGGGGAAUCAUCGUUUACGGGGCCGGAGGUAGACAAUUUACCGGCUUACAUGGACAGGUACAAAGCUUGCGUCAGAGAGGAUCCGAACUCGAAAUUGCCCACUAACACUCCGAUGUGCGUCCAAGAUCCGAUCGAACUGAAUCACAAUGCCGUGGCGGUAACGAUUCACUCCACAUUGAUGUUGUUUACGAAAUAUUGCGAGAUAGGCGUCGAAAUUUGUGCGAUGUCCAGCGCGAACAAUUACACGGAUCUGUUGAAAACUCUUUUCACAACAGUUUGUAAAGAAGGAAAAGGAAAAGAAAUCAAAUUCGAUGUAUCAGUCACGCGCUCGCAAAUUAACAAAGACGAGGCGCAGAAAUCAGAGACUAAUAGGAUAGAAGAAACAAAUACACUGGACGAAUGGUUUCAUAUGAUCGUUAACAUAGUUAAGGAAAUCUUUGAAAAGGUUUUCUUGGUACGAAUGGAGCUGGUACCGAACGAUACAGAAAACGGGGAACAGAGGAAACGAGAGACUGUUUUCCUCUGCACCAGCUCGCAAUGUGUAUGGCGUUUCAGGAAAACUAAUACCGCCACAGAUCCGAGCUUAAGUUGCAUUGAAAGAGAGGCACUCAUUUCCGAGAUGACCGUAAAGAAUAGUAUAAAGAGUGAUUUAGAUUUUGCGUGUAUUUUGGAGAAAAAUAGUCCCUCGAAAGUUAUUAUAACGGUGACGAAUUGGCAUGGCCCGGAACAGACGUUUCGUGACUUCUCCGCAUUCGCCAGACCGGUGUUAAUCAAAUUAAUUCAAGAAGCAAUCAAGUUUGUAGUUAUGCAGAAGUCUGGGGAAGGUGUCGAUUUUCCUUACACCGUUUCGGUAUGUUAAGCUGAUCGUAACACAUGGAAAAGGACGUGUGACCGCGGAAUUAACUUUGAUCAUGCUUUUGCGUAAGUUUUAAAAAUUGUGAUAUUCAGAAAACGACUAGGAGAAACUUAUAUUUCAUCACACAGCAGCUUGUAAUUAGUAGUUCAUGAAUCAUACUUGCAGACGGUGUACUGCACAAUUAAUAUUGU